AUGGCGGCUGCGGCGGCGGCGGAGUCCGCGGCCGAGAUCGUGCGGGAGAUCGCGGCGGUGGGGGCUGCCGAUUUGGCUGCGGCCGCCGAGCCGCUGCGCGCGGACUGCCUCCGCCUCGCGCGGAAGGUGUCGCUGCUGUCGCACCUCGUCGCCGAGGUCGCCGAGGCGGGGGCGCGAGAGGGGGACGAGGGCGCGGCGGCGGAGGCGGCUUCGUGGUUGGGGGAGCUGGUCAGAGCGCUGCAGGCCGCCAGGAGGUUCGUCGAGCUCGGGCGCGCGCCGGCGCGGUCGUCGGGGGCGUCGGAUCAGGAUGCCAUCUGCAACAAUGUUGACGUUCAGUUCAAGUUUGUGACUUGGCAGUUGCAAACAGUUCUAGGAAGCCUUCCGCAGAGCUGUUUUCAAAUAUCAGAUGAAGUUCAAGAAGAGAUUGAUUUAGUGCGAUCUCAGCUUCGAAGAGAAAUUGAGAAGAAAGGAGACAUUGAUGUGAACAUUUUUUCAAAAAUCCAUGAUAUCUUAGCUCUUCAUGUUAGUACUGUUGAAGCUCAGUGUGUGCAAUCACACGAUCAGCCAGGCACACCACAAAUGGAGAACUUAUGCAAUGGUCACCUGGAGUUGCAAAAUAUCAUUAUACUUGUUUCAGAAAUAAGUGGUGUGCCCAAGUCUGACGCAGAAAGACUAACUUCUCAGUUAAUUGAAGGACUUGAAAACAUGAGAGUUACAGAUUCUAAAAAGCCUGUUAAUGUUAGCCAAUCCAGUGAUGAAACAAAAGGUUCUGCUGAGACACAAAAAAAGUCUGACACUGUAGCUAUUCCUGAAGAUUUUCGUUGCCCAAUAUCUCUUGAGCUGAUGAGAGAUCCUGUCAUUGUUUCCACUGGACAGACAUAUGAGCGUGCCUUCAUUCAAAGGUGGAUAGACUGUGGAAACCGGACCUGUCCUAAAACUCAACAGAAGCUACAAAAUCUUACAUUGACCCCAAACUAUGUCCUGAGAAGUUUGAUAUUGCAUUGGUGUGAGGAAAAAGGGAUUGAACCACCUACCAGAUCUAAGAACGAUGGUUCUUAUCUUGAGGUUGGUGGGGAGAGAGUAGCAAUCGAAACAUUAGUUCGUAAUCUCUCUAGUAGCUCGUUAGAUGAACGGAAAUCUGCUGCUGCUGAAAUAAGAUCUUUGGCCAAGAAAAGCACCGACAACCGUAUACUUCUGGCAGGAUCUGGUGCAAUCCCAGCUCUGGUGAAACUUUUGUCCUCCAAAGACCUGAAAACCCAAGAACAUGCAGUUACAUCUCUUUUGAAUCUCUCGAUAUAUGAUCAGAACAAGGAACUGAUAGUAGUUGCUGGUGCCAUUGUCCCAAUCAUACAAGUGUUGAGGAAGGGGGGCAUGGAGGCAAGAGAAAAUGCAGCUGCAGCUAUUUUCAGCCUGUCACUAAUCGACGAUAAUAAGAUAACUAUUGGAAGCACUCCAGGUGCAAUUGAAGCAUUAGUUGAGUUGCUGCAGAGUGGCAGCCCAAGGGGUAGAAAGGAUGCAGCAACAGCACUGUUCAACUUGUGCAUAUACCAAGCAAACAAAGUUCGAGCGGUUCGAGCAGGGAUCCUUGCACCACUGAUUCAGAUGCUGCAGGAUUCAUCCAGAAAUGGAGCUAUUGACGAAGCGCUAACAAUCUUGUCGGUUCUCGUGAGCCACCACGAGUGUAAAACUGCCAUAGCGAAAGCUCACGCUAUACCCUUUUUGAUAGACUUGUUAAGGUCAAGCCAGGCCCGUAACAAGGAGAAUGCUGCUGCCAUCUUACUUGCCCUUUGCAAGAAGGAUGCUGAGAACCUCGCUUGUAUAGGGAGGUUGGGUGCUCAAAUACCACUAACUGAGCUGUCCAAGACAGGCACAGACAGAGCCAAGCGCAAGGCAACCUCUCUCCUGGAUCAUCUCAGUAAGUUGCAGGUGCUCUAAUUCCACUUUCUGUCGCAUACCAUUUUGCUUGUGUGCGUGUUCCACAUGUACGUAUACAUACGAAAAGCUGUAACCUCUUACUGAGUGUGAAAUUGGUGAGCUGGUAAUGGGUUAUUUCAGUUACCUGCUUACCCUCAACCACAAGUGUGCGUUCAUUGGUUGCUACAUAGAAAUGGUUGGUGUUACAGACUAGCGUAUUGUUGCUCAUGUGCAUGAAGCUCCUUUGAAGAUAAAAAAAAAUGCAAAAUUACUCCGAUCA